AUGAAAGAACCGAACUAUGAGUUAGAAGAUCAAUGUGAAAUCAGUUCGUCAAAAUGGAUACUCGAGAAUGUCGAAGACGGAAAUCCACACAAGAGUUUCUCGGAAUCAGACGAGGAUCAUUGCAACUCUUCAUCCCCGAAGCCCAAUUCCAUGUUGUCGUUGGGCAAUGGGAUACCCAACCCUUCCAAGAUCAUGAGGACGGUGACGAGAUUCAUGUCGUCCAGGUACAAUCAGGCGGCAGAUGACAGACGCAACCCAAAGAGGCUUACUCGCAUGAAAAGGACGGAAUUCAGCGUUGAGAAUGGGCUCGAAGGGUUACGCUUCCUCAACAAGACAUCUGCUGGGAAGGAAGGCGACGCUUGGAAGGCCGUCGAGAAGCAGUUCCACCAGCUUGCCAUCAAUGGGAAGCUUCCCAAAGAGAAUUUUGGCCGUUGCAUUGGGAUGGCGGAUUCAAAGGAGUUUGCUGGGCAGCUUUUUGAUGCAUUGGGGAGGCGUCGCAACUUGGACACUGCAGAUGGUAUAUCGAUGGAUGAAUUGAAGGAGUUUUGGGAAGAUAUGACAGAUCAGCAUUUUGAUUCCCGGGUUCAGAUAUUCUUCGACAUGUGCGACAAGAACGGCGAUGGGAAGCUUUCAGAGGAUGAGGUGAAGGAGGUGAUUGUUCUGAGUGCAUCUGCGAACAAGCUUGCGAAGCUCAAGGAAAAUGCUGCAGCCUACGCGACUCUGAUACUGGAAGAGCUUGACCCUGAUCACUUGGGUUACAUAGAGAUUUGGCAGCUCGAAAUCUUGCUGAAAGGAAUGAUGGACUCAAAGGCAAAUGAAAACUGCAUGAAAAAUAGUGACAUGCUAGCGAGAACGAUGAUCCCACAGCAAUACAGAAACCCAAUUAAUAGAUUUCUCAGCAGGGCCUUUGAUUUUGUUCAUGAGAACUGGAAGCAGAUAUGGGUCAUUCUCUUAUGGUUGAUUGUGAAUUUGGUUCUGUUCUCGUGGAAAUUCGUUCAGUACAAGCAUCGGGCAGCAUUCGAAGUAAUGGGCUAUUGCGUUUGCAUUGCCAAGGGCGCAGCUGAGACACUGAAACUGAACAUGGCAUUUAUCCUUCUCCCUGUCUGCCGGAAUACCAUCACAUGGCUCAGAUCAACCUUCAUAGGUUCGAUCAUCCCAUUCGAUGACAAUAUCAAUUUCCAUAAGGUCAUUGCAUUUGCGAUUGCAGUUGGUGCCUUUACUCAUACGGCCAUCCACCUAGUAUGUGAUUUUCCAAGACUAAUAACAUGUCCACAGCCCACAUUCAUGAGAACUUUAGGACCCAAUUUCGAUUACAUACAGCCGACGUAUGCUUCUCUUGCAUCGAGUUGUGUAGGUGUGACCGGUAUCUUCAUGACCAUUAUAAUGACAUUUUCCUUCACAUUAGCGACACACUCUUUCAGGAGGAAUGUCGUCAAGUUGCCAUCUCCCCUCCAUCACUUGGCUGGAUUCAAUGCCUUCUGGUAUGCCCAUCACCUGCUGGCUCUUGUCUAUGCACUCUUGGUUGUUCAUGGCUACAUCGUUUUCCUCAACAAGUAUUGGUACCAGAAGACGACAUGGAUGUAUCUUAUGAUUCCAGUCAUCUUUUACAGUACUGAGAGAAUAAUCAGAAGAUUUCGUGAAGAUCAUUAUCGUGUGAGCAUCAUCAAGGCUGCAAUAUACCCAGGGAAUGUACUUGCAUUGUAUAUGAGCAAACCUCCUGGAUUCAAGUACAAGAGCGGAAUGUACUUGUUUGUCAAGUGUCCGGAUGUCUCUCCCUUCGAAUGGCAUCCUUUCUCCGUCACUUCCGCACCAGGAGAUGACUACUUAAGUGUUCACAUCAGAACUUUGGGAGACUGGACUACAGAGCUUAGAAAGUUAUUUGCAAUGGUUUGUGAAGCUUCAGCUAGUGCUAAGAAGCCUACUCUAGGCAGAAUGGAAACGACAGUAAUAGUAGAUGCUGACUCUUCAGAAACCAGAUUUCCACGGCUCCUCAUCGAUGGACCUUACGGCGCCCCUGCACAAAAUUACAGGAAGUAUGAUAUUCUAUUGCUUAUUGGGCUUGGCAUCGGAGCAACUCCGUUUAUCAGCAUACUCAAGGAUCUCCUCAACAACAUCAAGUCACAUGAUGUAAAACUGGAAAGUCCAGAUGGGAAUGCAGUGCAAGUAAAUAGAAAAGUGCCAGGAAGGGCUUACUUCUAUUGGGUUACAAGGGAACAAGGCUCCUUCGAAUGGUUCAAAGGCGUGAUGAACGAUGUUGCGGAGAGUGACCAAAAUAAAGUUAUAGAAAUGCACAACUACUUAACAAGUGUGUAUGAAGAAGGAGACGCGCGGUCGGCGCUUAUCGCCAUGGUUCAGUCACUGCAACAUGCCAAGAACGGAGUUGACAUCGUAUCUGGAAGCCGGAUACGGACGCACUUUGCACGGCCGAACUGGAGAAAGGUGUUCUCUGAAUUGGCCGACACCCACAAAUCUUCUCGCAUCGGUGUCUUCUACUGUGGAACACCUACACUAACCAAACUCCUGAAGGAUCUUUCGAAAGAAUUCAGCCAUAGCACGACGGCUCGCUUCUCAUUCCACAAGGAGAACUUCUAGGACACAAGAAGAUAACAAACAUCACAAACAUGUAUAUAAAAAGAUCAUGCGACAAAUGAGUUACGACUUGGCAAAUCCAAAUGGGUCUCAACCAUGGCCAAGGAAUGAAUGCAAGGCCCUCUCGAAACUCAAUCUCAAUGGACAAUCACAACUGGGCCACGCGGUGCUGAUUAUGGAGGAAAUCUGGUCUGCACUUCAAGGGCCACACCAUGUAAAUGAUUCGGGAUUCAGGCU